UAAGGAUAUAAGAAAAUAUUAAAUUAUGAAACUACAAUAUACACCAAAUGCUCCGAUCAAAUUAGAUUCAUUGUUCAAUGAGUUUUAUCAUUUAUUGAACUUUAGAAUUUAUCCAAAUUCCAUCGGAGGAAACAAAUUGCAUCUGAAACUUUGUGAAAAGUUCAAAAACAUAACAUAUAAUAAACUUUCAAAUAAUGGAAUUUUGUACAAUAGGUCUAAUUUAACUAAGAUUGAUGGUCACUUUUCAUUAAUUUUGAUAAAACAAUUGUCCGGCUCAAAUUAUAUAUAUCACUACCACCUAUCAAUAAUUAAAGUAAACAUUAAGUUUAACGAAACUGAACGAUUGUACUACAUUACACCUCUGGAAUCUCACUCGUUGACAUCUUGCUCGCUAGAAGAUUUAUCGCAUCAGUACGCAAAUUUUCAAAAGCACAAUGAAAAUGGCUUGGAUUCUAAGUCAUUUGGAAGUCUAUCGCUUGACACAGACGAUUUAGAAAUCAGUGUCGUUUUAGAUUCAUUCACGUUUAAGAAUGAUUUUAACUCCCUAAUCUCUGGAAACAAUGCCUUAAGCUCAUUUAUUCAUAAUAUAUGGGCACCUAUAGGAUUAUUGACGAACCGAGAACUUUAUUUAUUCAGUCUGACCGUUCCCUUUGACAAGUAUAAGAAGUAUUGGUUGAAUAAUUAUUCAAUUGAGUUGUCUCAGACGGUAUAUGAAUACCUAAAGUCUGACGUUAUGGUAAUGCCUGAUGACCUAAAGUCAACAAAAUUUUCCAAUGUGGAAGAGUACUCAGACUUUUCGGAAUAUUCCGAUUAUGAUGAAUGUGAAAUCAGAUUUGAUUUCAAUUCGCCAGAGUUUUUAGAUUUCUUUUCAGCAAUUUCUGAAUCGAUUAAGAGUUUCGGAGGAUUAGUUUUACCGUACCUAAAUGGCUCAUAUUUACAAGAUGGUUCUUGGAUAAUAAACAACACGACGGUUUGCACUGAUCUGAGGGACGUGAUUCUACUAUUGAAGAGUUCCACGAAAUGGCACGGUGAUUCAGACUCAAUAUUGAAGUUAUUUUUGUAUAAAGUAAUCAAUCAGAAUCAUUCCACCCAGUUUAAGCUCUUCUACUAUGACAGAGAGAUCAUUAUUAUAUCACAGCUGUUCCUGAACCACGUUUACGAUUCACUGAUCAGUAAUAAGCAUUCUCACAAACUAAUCAGAAGAAUACUGGAGUUCUCUAACCAUAAGCUUAUCCACCUUAUACCUGAGAAUCUAUCCAACUUUGUAGUCGAUUUGUACAUCCUUAACAGGACAGAUGAGAUUUACAUAAUGAACAUCGUCCCCUUCAACUUCAACAGUGAAAUUAUAUUUACAUGGGACCAGAUUUAUGAGUAUGCAACCUCAAGAACGCCCUUCACUCAUGACGAAUCCAUAAAAAUUGACUACUACGGCAACAUAGCAUUCGUGGUAAUGUCUUCUAACAAGUUGUCAAGGCACAAGCUGUACAGCUUCUGCUCGGAGGACGUGGAAGAACUCGCAAAAAUACUUACUUAAUAUAUUAUUUAAAUU